AGCUGCCCUUUUGCACCGUGAGGAUUCCAUCUUGUCGAUUGGUGGAGAUGGGAGUGGUAUUUAGCAUUUAGAAUCACGACUUUUCUUAGUCAUUUAUCGGUGGAGAUGGGAGUGGUAUUUAGCAUUUAGAAUCACGACUUUUCUUAGUCAUUGUUCAUCGCUUUCACUAGGACAUCUUUAUCUUAUUCUUAUUUGCAUCACAAAGAAUAUAUCCGACGUCGAGAAAGAAUGAAACUUACAACAUCUUGCUUCGUCACUUCUCAAUUUUUACCGUGAAGCAUCCAAACCACAUAAGUAAACAAUUCCAGAUUACAAUAGCGUUGCAGGAGGAGGAUCACUCGCCUCAUUAGGCUUUUCGGCUUUACGAUUGGGUGAGGAUCGCAGUCAAGAAAAUGGAAAUCUUCAAGGACAACAUCAGGAACAGGCAGAACAUGUUGUAAAUGUCACUGCUGGACAACAAGAGGAUUCGCAGCAUGCGACACCAUCUUCUCUUGGUUCGCUGAGUCUCGGACGCAUGCGACUAGUCGGUGAUGACCAGCAAGAAGAUGUUCAACACUCAGCUGCUAUGUCGCAAGACCUGUCGGGUUUCUCUCUAGAUUUGCACGGCGCGGAAAACGGAAC